AUCCAACACUUGAAUCAGAUUGUACUGGUGAACCACACACGUGUUGUUUACCAUACACAGCUAUACGCUAACACAAUUCGAUUUUUGUCUCGACAAAAGGCAUAAAAAAAAAUGAGUGGAAGACUUAGUCCCAGUCUCAGGACUCUGAGAGCUCAGAACGACAACCUCCAAAAAGAAAAGUGGAUCCUCAACAAAAACAAUGAGCACUUAAACAAGGACAAUGAGCUCCUGCGCCAAACCCUGGAAGGACUCCGGACUAAACUUGAGCAGUGUACCAACAAGAAGAAAAGAACCCUCCAAAUAGAAAAUGAGAACUACAGUGUCCAAGUCAAGUCCCUCAAUGGAGAACUGGACUCCAUGCGCAGUAGGAUGAGGGAAUUGACUGCAGAAAAUGAAGUUCUUCGCAGAAACCGAGAAGAUCAGGUGACCUUGAGAGACCAAAACUAUAUUCUGAGGGCUGAGGUUUCACACUCCAAAGCAGCUCUGCAGCAACUUGAGAAGAAUGCUGGAAUAAUGGAGCGAGUGUAUGACUGCACUCAGAAAGAGCACCAGUCUGCAAACAAACAGUGCAAUCUCCUCAACAAAGAGCUUCAGAAGGCAAAGGAGCAGGUCUUUACUGCUGAAAAGAAGGACAAAGAAACAAUUGAGGGUCUGAAGAAAGAACUUAAGGAGGUCAAGACAAGUUUGCUUGACAAGGAAGAGACCGUACAGCAAACAAACAAGGCUCUUCAAGACCAGGUUCAGGAGUUCAGAAGUAUUUUUGAGGAACUCAACGCCUGUAAGAGCAGCUGUGAUACACUGAAACAAGAGAAUGAGUCUUUGAGUCAGCGAAAUCAGGCCCUAAAAGAACAACUUGAGACUGUCAGGAAGGAACAGCAAGAGCUCAGAGAAAGAGACAGAAUGUUGUUGAGACAGCAAAAAGACGACCGGAGACAAGAACUUCUGGAGACCCAAAUAAGGCUGGUUGAUGGAGAGGAGGCCAUGAGGCAUGAAAACAAGGCUCUUCAAGACCAGGUUCAGGAGUUCAGAAGUAUUUUUGAGGAACUCUACGCCUGUAAGAGCAGCUGUGAUACACUGAAACAAGAGAAUGAGUCUUUGAGUCAGCGAAAUCAGGCCCUAAAAGAACAACUUGAGACUGUCAGAAAGGAACAGCAAGAGCUCAGAGAAAGAGACAGAAUGUUGUUGAGACAGCAAAAAGACGACCUGAGACAAGAACUUCUGGAGACCCAAAAAAGGCUGGUUGAUGGAGAGGAGGCCAUGAGGCAAGAAAACAAGGCUCUUCAAGACCAGGUUCAGGAGUUCAGAAGUAUUUUUGAGGAACUCAACGCCUGUAAGAGCAGCUGUGAUACACUGAAACAAGAGAAUGAGUCUUUGAGUCAGCGAAAUCAGGCCCUAAAAGAACAACUUGAGACUGUCAGAAAGGAACAGCAAGAGCUCAGAGAAAGAGACAGAAUGUUGUUGAGACAGCAAAAAGACGACCUGAGACAAGAACUUCUGGAGACCCAAAAAAGGCUGGUUGAUGGAGAGGAGGCCAUGAGGCAAGAAAACAAGGCUCUUCAAGACCAGGUUCAGGAUUUCAGAAGUAAUUUGGAGGAACUCAAACCCUUUCAUGGCACCAAAGAAAAUCAACAUACUCGACAAAUCUACACCCUGCAGCGCAAAGUUCAAGAGGUCCAGGAAAUGCUGAGACAGCAGAAAGUCAUGUUUGCAAGAGAGCAGCUGAAGAAUAGUCUGAGGGAGGACGAUCUGUCUGAGAGGAUACAGAUUCUUCAGAUUUAUAUAGAGUUAAAUAAUAAAGAGGCCCCCCAGAGAGAUGCUCCGCCUCCUGUAGAGGAUCCUGUGAAGACGGUCGUCCAACUCAGGACUGUGUGUGACCAGGUGAAUGCAGAUGUCACCAGGCCUCCCAGGCGUUUUUUUCCUAGCUGGUUCUACUAACUCCUCGCCACAACCUUUCACCAUUAAAAAGUAAGGGCUGCACGGUGGAACAGUUGUUAGCACUGUGCUGAAUAUUCUCCCCUUGCAAUGUGGGUUCCCUCCAGGUGCUCUGGCUUCCUCCCACAGUUAAAAGACAUUCUUGUUAGCUUAUAUUGUUACUGUAUAUAAUCUGUAUGUAAAUGUGUGUGGUUAGUUUUUAACAAGACUAACCCCGUCUAACUAAUGUAUCUGUUAAUCCAAUUAAAAAAAUAAAUUGCACUGUAUACACUG